AUGUGUUGUGUGAUCAAGGGUGCAGAAUGCUAUGGAAAAAAAGAAUAUUUAGAUGAAUCGCGGGAACUUUUAGAAAAUUUACGAAAUAAUAAAUUAAAGCGUAAACUACCAGUGGAUCAUAUCAAGAAAUAUACAAUAGAUUGGACAGAACAUGGUGUUGAUCCAACUAAAGAGGAAAGUCAUAGAUUGUAUAUCAGUAAAUUAGCUGAUGAUUUUGAGAAAAGUAUAAAAGAUGGUAUACAGAGAGCUAUACAAGAAAAACAAUCUAAUAUAUUAAAUAAUACAAUCUGCCAGGAAGUUAUACAACACAUCAACUUCUGUAAAAAUAAAUGUCAUUCAUUUUAUGGUAGAAAAGAUACUUUUGAAAUUAUAGAGGAUUAUCUGAUGAACAACAGUGACGAACCCCUGGUAAUACACGGUUCAUCUGGUUGUGGUAAAACAUCUAUUGUUGCCAUGGCAGCUAAACAUACAUUUGACAAGGAAAAGGAAAAAGAAACCACAAUAGUUAUACGAUUUCUGGGAACGACUCCUGAUAGUUCCAACAUCAGUGCCUUGUUAUACAGUGUUAUUAGUCAGAUUAAACUAGUUUAUGAAGAAGAACCUAUUAAAGAAGGAUUGAGUCUAAAAGUUUUAACUAAGGAAUUUCAUCUAAGUUUAGAACAUGCAGGGGAACAUCGACCAUUGGUUGUAUUACUAGAUUCUUUAGAUCAGUUGGAAACUACAGGUGGCGCCCAUGAGUUGUCAUGGUUACCGCGUAAAUUACCUGAGUAUGUUAAGAUGAUCGUGUCCACUCUACCGGAAGCUAAAUAUGGAUGUUUUUCUAAACUCCAGGCGAUGUUUUCGACAACAUCAUGUUUUCUACCAGUAGAAACUUUAUCUAAUGAUGACGUUGAGGGAAUUCUCCAUAAAUGGCUGGAGACCAACCAAAGAAAACUCCUGGAUUCACAGCUAAAAAUAAUUCUGGACGCUUUUCAUCAGUGUCCAUUACCAUUAUUUCUAAAACUAUCAUUUGACGUGGCGUGUCGAUGGAAAUCAUUUACUCCACCAAGUGUAUCAACCCUACAGACAACAGUCCGUAAUGUGAUCAAUGAUUUAUUUACUAGAGUUGAAUCGCUACAUGGACAAUUACUUGUAUCUCGAGCACUGGGCUAUCUUACUUUAAGUGGUGGUGGUGGUCUGUCAGAGGCUGAAUUAGAACAUAUUCUGUCAUGUGAUGAUGACGUAUUAAAUGACGUAUAUAUGUACUGGACACCACCGAUACGACGCUUACCUCCCUUAUUGCUCGUCAGAAUUAAAACUGAAUUGGGCCAGUAUUUUGUUGAUAGAGGUGCUGAUGGAGUUCGGGUGUUUUAUUGGUUUCAUCGUCAGUUCAUAGAAGCUGCUACUGAAAGAUAUUGUUCAGAUGUUAAUAUUAAACUAAAGAUGUGUGGCGCCAUAGCUGAUUUCUUUUCUGGUAUCUGGGCAAAUGGUAAAGGUAAACCAUUUAAAACUAAAAGUGGUGAAUCAUCAGAAGCAGAUCGUUAUGUGACGUCACAGCCUGUUAAACUAGGAGAAUUGUAUAAUUUAAGGAAAUUAAACAAUCUACCACAUCACAGACAACAAGCUUACCAACUAGAUCUAUUAAAAUCAGAAUGUCUGUGUAACUUUUACUUUAUACUUCAUAAAAUAAAAGCAUUAGGUUUAAGGCCUGUGUUGGAUGAUUUCUCGUCAGCUAAAGAACAGUUUGUUGAUGAUGAAGAUAUUAAAUCUAUCUGUGAUGCCUUAGAGUUAUCACAACGUUCAGUCCAAUAUAAUUCAAACGAACUACCAUCACAAUUACUGGGACGUUUAAAACCUACCGAGAGUCUACGGCCUCUAUUAGAUGAUUGUAAGAAUUCCCCAUUCUACUAUUUACUACCAGAUAAAACUAUAUUAGCACAGCCUGGUGGAUCUUUAUUAUAUUGUUUAUCAAAUCAUACUGGUGAUAUACAGGGUCUGGAUAUAACUAAAGAUGGUGAAUUAGCUGUAACAUGUUCCACAGAUAGAACAAUAAAAACCUGGUCAGUGAAGUCGGGUAAACUAGUACGAUCAUAUGACAUCGGGUUUGAAAACCUAGAAUAUGUCAAGCUCUGUCAUAAUGACCAGAUUAUUGUGGUUUCCGGACGGGAGUUACUUGUAGGUGUUGACUUUUUGACUGGAGUUAAUUUGUAUAAGAUAGAGAAUGAAUCUGAAACUGUGAUCUGUGCAGCAGGUAAAGAUAAAGAUGUGCUGGGGAUAUUUCAGCAGAAUGGUGUAACACUAUACAGUGCUUUAACGGGAGAAUUACAAUCACAUACUAAAUGUCAGUUUCUGGAGGAAAAGAUGAGCUGUGUAGAAGAAGAGGUCGAUAUUGAAGUUGCCUAUUGUACUAGUCAAGGUCGGUAUAUGGCUUGGGUAUUCAAGAGAAAACUGAAUAACCGUGUAGACGCUUUAGCCAUAUUUGAUAUUAUUGAAAGGAAGUUUCUAAAUGUUACAGUGGAGCCAUUAUCAGACAAACUGGUUAUCUCACCAGAUGAAACAAAUAUCGUUAUAUGUAAUGAUGAUGACGAAGCUGUUAUAUAUGAUAUUCAAACAAUGAACGAAAUACGUCGUGUCCAAAUUACCCGUGUGCCUUAUGGAAGAUAUGUUCAGAUUACUCCUAACGGUAAAUAUCUGUAUUGGGCUUAUUUCUAUGACGUGGUGGCUUGUAAUCUAGAAACAGGGGAGAUGUUUGUUGCUGUUCACCAUCCGUCAUCUGUUAAAUUUGUUAUUACUCUAGAUAUGAACAGUAUAGUGACUGUUGGAAAAGAUCAGAUUGUUAGAAUCUGGGAUCAAAGCAAGGAUAACAGUGUUAUCAACCAAGAGGCUCAGCAAAAGCAGGAGGAGUCACGGUGGCUAAGUGGUUUAACUGUGUUGAGUGACAACCCUCGGUAUAUCAUCAUCAUAUAUGAACAGAACGAUUCCUACUAUUUCCAGAUCUACGAUCUCGCCACAAAUAUGGUGGUUAAAAACACGAAGUUUGUGACAAAAAUCAACUUUGUAUUACCUGUGGAUGAUACACAAUGUCUGAUUCAACAUGGUAAGAAGAUAUCCCUGUUGGAUCUACAAACAUCAUCUAUAAUACGAACAUACCAAGGUCAAGCACCUACAGAUCCUGUUAUAAAUUCACCAAAAACAGAAUUUUACACCCUAUCACGUGGAAGAAUGAAUAUAAAGAAAUAUAAUAUAGAAACUGGUGUUUGUGAGAUUAUCAAAGGCUGCGGUGAAAGGCUCGGAGAUUACAUAGUAAAUAAAAUUUGUACUGUUCUGGCCGCGUCCAUGCAUGACGAUGAGUGGGUGGUUUUCUUUGAUCUUGUCAACAAGCGAGUGAUGUAUCAAUUGACACCAGAGAUGAUAGAGGGAGAUGAUGAAAAUGAAUCUAUAUGUUUAAAUGAUGGUGGUCUGGUUACUGACGAUGGUCGUUAUUUCAUAUUUUCCCAUAUGCUUGUACCACCAGAUCUUACAGAUGUAGAAGAUGCAGAACCCAUUGAACUGGUUGUGAUGUGGAAUAUACCAGACAAAAAGCUUCACCAAAUACUGUGUGAUCACAACAAUGGAAAUGAAGAUUGUUGUGUGGCAGAUGUGGUUGAUUUUCAUAUACUUAACGAGAAGACGGUGAUUACUACUAAUAGCGAUUAUUAUAUACGUGUGUAUGAUAUUGAAACAGGUAAUGUGCUACGUCGACUUACUACGGGACAUUUUAGUCGUUUCGUAAUAGUAUUAAAUAAAGAUAGCCCAUUUUUUCUAUCUUAUGCCAAACACCGUGAAGAAAAUUCUAUCAGACUGUGGGACAAAGAAACGUUUGGAUGUCUAGCGUCGUAUUGUAUGGAUACCCAGAUGAAGUCAGUAGAAUUUACAUCAGAUGGAUAUCAUAUAAUAGUUACAUAUGACGAUGACGGCCAUGUCAAGUUUGAUUUAAAAGGAGGUGACAGUAUCUCCAAAUAUCAACCACCAAAACAACUUGAACAAUGUAAAGAACUAUUUAAACCUACUGAUAAAAUUGUGGAGUUGGAAAUACCUAGUAAUGUAAUCUAUGAUAAUCCCGACCCAGAUACUGAUGAGUAAGGAGUAGCAGAUACGACGAUGAUGAUACUGGUGAUAGUUAUCCGAUGAUUCAAGUUGAACUGACACUGAUGAACAUUGAAAAGGAAAAGUAGUUUUAUGACUGACCAGAUAUAAAAUGGAUGUAACUGAUAAAAUCUAUUUUCAUCUCUUAAAUGAUUAAACUGUGAAAAUUUGUGCUCUUAAAAUAAUUUACCUACAGAAAUUGAUGCGGCUCAAAUCGGAUGUUGACAGGAGCUUGAUAAGUAUUUCAGCCAAACAUAAUACAAGUACUUUCCAAAUAUUUGAUUCUAUUACAUUUAUUUUAGUAAUGCAGGAACUUGGUCAAUUUUAGGUUGGUUAUUUCAAAAACGGAUUUGUACAGGCGGAAUCAAAAUAAUUGUUUUAAGUUUGAAAUAAACAAAUAAGGAAAAGUAUAUCAGGUGAACCAGAAGUUACCCUUCUUUAGAUUCCAACUGUCAAGCUAGUUUUACGUACUAUCAAUUGUGUGACGGGACCUCAUCAGUUUUCAAUCUAAUCCGAUUGACGAGACAUACACUCCCUGUUAGAUACAAACAGAAAGCAUGUCAAGUGCAAACUGGGCUUAAACACUGUGGACGUCCGUAUUACUCCACACCAGAAAUGGAUUAUUCUAUGCAGUAUGUUAAACCCCACUGACGCUCCCAGUUGAUUAAACCAUUAAGUUAGUUUCCAACUGACUAAUCUCCGGAAAAAAAUUGAAUUCUACAUGAUAGAGUUGAAAGUUAGACAGGGAUGACCGAGGAAGAGCCUGCGAUUAUGGAAGCCGCUAAAGAACUUUAUGCUUUAUGGGAUUCCGUUUCAGUUUGGGGAGCU